UGAGGAGGGAGUGGGUCAGAGGGGCGCCUGAGGAAAGCCCCGCACACCUGGGCACUUACAGCACAGCAGCUCCCAGAUGCUGCGGGCCCACAGUGCAGUUCUUAGCCACCUUACUUCCAAAAGAUGGAAUAGUGAAAUAUGCCUAAAAAAAAGACUGGUGCUCGUAAGAAAGCUGAGAACCGUCGGGAACGUGAGAAGCAGAUAAGGGCUUCAAGAGCCAACAUAGACUUGGCCAAACAUCCUUGUAAUGCUUCAAUGGAAUGUGAUAAGUGCCAAAGACGACAGAAGAAUAGAGCUUUUUGUUACUUCUGUAAUUCUGUUCAGAAAUUGCCCAUUUGUGCACAAUGUGGAAAAACCAAAUGCAUGAUGAAGUCUUCAGACUGUGUUAUAAAACAUGCUGGUGUGUACAGUACUGGACUAGCUAUGGUGGGUGCAAUCUGUGAUUUCUGUGAAGCCUGGGUGUGUCACGGGAGGAAGUGUCUCAGCACCCAUGCGUGUAUGUGCCCUCUGGCAGAUGCAGAAUGCAUUGAGUGUGAAAGAAGUGUCUGGGACCAUGGAGGCAGAAUAUUCGCCUGCUCUUUUUGCCAUGAUUUCCUCUGUGAAGAUGAUCAGUUUGAACAUCAAGCCAGCUGCCAAGUUCUGGAAGCAGAGACAUUUAAAUGUGUCUCCUGUAACAGACUGGGGCAGCAUUCCUGCCUGCGUUGUAAGGCUUGUUUUUGUGAUGAUCAUGUGCGGAGUAAGGUUUUCAAGCAGGAAAAAGGAAAAAAGCCUCCUUGCCCUAAAUGUGGCCAUGAAACUCAGCAGACAAAGGAUCUGAGCAUGUCAACUCGCUCUUUGAAGUUUGGCCGACAGACUGGAGAAGAUGCAGAUGGAGCUUCUGGUUAUGAUGCCUACUGGAAAAAUCUUUCUUCCAGCAAGACAGGGGAUGCAGGUGACCGUGAGGAUGAAUAUGAUGAGUAUGAAGCAGAAGAUGAUGAUGAAGAUGACAAUGAUGAGCGAGGGAAGGAUUCUGAUUCUGAGGCCACGGAUAUAUUCAGCAAUUUGAAUUUAGGAAGGACCUAUGCUAGUGGGUAUGCACAUUAUGAGGAAUCAGAAGAUUAAGCUUAGUAUGCUGGCAAGCUAAAAACAUUUGGAAGGAGCCAAGCAAUGCUUCACUGAGUUGUGUACAUGCCAGUAGGAUAGCUCUAUCAGGUACUUACAUAUCAGAGUUAGAGAAUAAAGAGUGUGGGACUUCUGCAGUAAUUUUUCCUAUAGAUGAACUGAUGUUGGGUUUGGGACUGGGGGAGAAAAUCAGGAUAUUUUUAUUCCCCUAAACAACAGAAUUGUUUUGUCCCCGAGUUACUGAGUAUAAUGGUUCAAUGCCGUUUUCUCCUAUCAACACAGGAAUGUGGGAAAGCUGUAGAACUUGCUUCCAUUUGCCCAUCAGAAAUUAUUUUUUACAGUAAUUUUGUUAACUGAUUUCAUACAUUAAGGCAGUGUUGGGUUGGUGACUGCAUUUUUUUUUGUCUGCGCAAUAAAAGUCAACUUCAUUCUCUAAUAAACUGUCAUAAAUAUUGA